GGCCCUCCCUUUCGGCCAUUCGCGAGCACUCACCACUAUAUCACUCAAAACCGCUAUAUCACCAGUAAUGAUUCUCGAGGGUACAUACCCGUGUACGAAUAUUCCUUGAGAGAUCAGUGGAUCAUGAUGGAUGCGGAUGAUGGUUAUAUUCUUUGGACAGGUAUCUGGAAAGCUCUUGGAAACCGCAAAGCGGACAUCAUCAAGAUGAUCGAGUCCCAGCCUGAGUUAGCCUGUCAAAUUCGAAGAAUAAGAGGAGGUUAUCUAAAGAUCCAGGGAACCUGGAUACCUUAUGAGUUCGCACUUCGACUGUCUCGUCGCGUGGCUUUCGCCAUUCGCUUUGAUUUAGUUCCCCUUUUCGGG